AGUCUGUAGGGACAUUCUGUAUCCUGUGGUUCACUCAAGUUAAUCCGUAUCAGGCUUUCUGUUACGUUUCUUGAACUUGCUGCUACCCCAAUAAUCUCACAAACACAUUUUCUAAUCAUUCAUUUCUAUCUUACUAUGAAAUAUGGUGUUUUUGUAUAAAUGCUAAUAGAGCAUUUAAUUCAUCGAUUAUUUUUUAAUACAGAAAAGAGGUGCAACUAUUUAUGAAGAAUUCCUUGGUGGAAGCUUCACAUGUGAUGCUUCCCACAUGACUGAGUCACACCCUGAUGGGGCCGGGGUUAUUCUGUGCAUUGAAAAGGCUUUAGAACAGUCUGGGGUGUCUAGGGAAGAUGUUAAUUACAUUAAUGCACAUGCUACAUCCACACCGGCGGGAGAUCUCAAGCAGUAUAAUGCUCUCAUUCAUUGUUUUGGCAAGAAUCCUGAUUUGAGAGUGAACUCUACAAAAUCCAUGAUUGGUCACCUACUGGGAGCAUCUGGUGCUGUAGAAGCUGUUGCAGCAGUACAGGCGAUAAGAACUCGGUCGAAACAUCCAAUUAUCAAUCUGGAAAAUCCAGAUGAGGGUGUGGAUACAAAACUACUAGUAGUGGGUCCAAAGAAAGAGAGACUGGACGUUAAAGUGACAUUGUCUAACUCAUUUGGGUUCGGUGGCCACAACUCAUCGGUCUUGUUUGCCCCAUACAAGUAGAAACACAGAUCUACCGUGCUACUCCAACAUUUGCUGCAAUCGUAUUGAAGAUGAGACUGAAUCCACAUUGAAGUAAGCGCCCAAGAAGUCUCCUUUGUAUUUGAUCUUCUCUAUGGUCAGAUGGAUUGCGGCUAUGAAAACUGAAUCGCUCGAGAAGACUAUCGAGGUGGCCCCUAAGUAGAAAAUAUUAAGAGCUCACCCAAUGGUUAACAAGAAAUACUUUUGCUUGUUAUUGUUAGAAAAAUUCCCUUCCAUAGCCACGGUAGCGUUUGUCCCUUUUAUGUGCCAGUCAUUGAACCGCCGCUAAGGCAAUAGUUGCCUUGUUUGAUUUUGGUUUUCUUGUACAAUUAGUUGGCUGGUGAGAUAAUUGUAGUGAAAUUGAGUUUGCAGUUGCAUGACUGUAUGUUUUCCGAAUCCCUACCAAUACAGAGUGAUGAAAACAUGUAUAUUCCA